AUGAAACCUGAGCAUUCUGUUUCCCAGAAUCCCCGUUCCACAGUCAUGACCUUCCGGCCAACCACGGAGGAGUUUGCAGAUUUCAGCAAAUACGUUACUUACAUGGAGUCCCAGGGUGCACACAGAGCUGGCCUAGCCAAGGUCAUUCCUCCCAAGGGGGAAUGUGGAGUUGUCAUCGAGGGAGUCAACACACCCUACCUGUACUUUGGCAUGUGGAAGACCACGUUUGCGUGGCACACGGAGGACAUGGACCUCUACAGCAUCAACUACCUGCACUUUGGGGAGCCCAAAACUUGGUAUGCGGUGCCCCCAGAGCAUGGCCAGCGCCUGGAGCUCCUGGCCAGGGAGCUUUUCCCAGGCAGCUCCCGGAGCUGUGGGGCUUUCCUGAGGCACAAGGUGGCUCUCAUCUCACCCACAGUGCUCAAGGACAAUGGGAUCCCCUUCAGCUGUGUGACUCAGGAGGCUGGGGAGUUCAUGGUGACGUUUCCUUAUGGCUACCAUGCUGGCUUCAACCAUGGCUUCAACUGUGCAGAAGCCAUCAAUUUUGCCACCCCGAGGUGGAUCGAUUAUGGAAAAGUGGCAUCUCAGUGCAGCUGUGGGGAGGCGAGGGUCAGCUUUUCCAUGGAUGCUUUUGUGCGCAUUCUGCAACCUGAGGGAUUUGAGCCAACAAAGGAAGACCAAAACCAGGCAGAUGUGGAUGGUCCCUCGAUUUCCACCAGGCGGAAGGUGGCCACCUGCAGAGAGAACCAGGCCAUCCUCAUAGAUAGUGGGGGCUCAGAAUACCCCUUCCAGAGUGCUCCCAAGAGAAGUAAGGUAAAAGCGAGGACAAAAUAUUCAUGAAAACUGAUGCAAAAAUGUUGAAUUCAGUUUUAGCCACAAGAUCCUAAGUACAUUAAAAAAAUAACAUACCCUGACUCACUGGGACUCGUGGCAUGAGGGAAAUAAUAGUUCUGUUGAAUUAAAUUUGCAGGCUAGUGGUGUGGACAAGCCUCCCGCACUAGGG